AUGGGUCUGCAACAAGUUGGCCUCUUGAUUCUGCUUGCCUCUGGAGCUGUAACUCUGAACUGUGAUGAAAUUGUGCAAGAUCAAAAAGGUGAGCUAAGGAACACCAAAGAGCUUCUGGAAGCAAUGAGUGGAGGACCAGCAUCUCCCCCAGAGUGCCCAAUUACAGGCAUGCCAGACUUUGGCUUCCCCAUAAGAAGCACCUCAAGACCCAGCAAAGAGGAUGCAAGGAUGGCAAUAGGGCUGAUCUUCAAGGAGACCCUCCGUGUUUUUCAGCUGAAUUUCACCCAAGCCAACUGGAACACAACGGUCACAGAACUUUUCCAAAUGGUGCUCCACCAACAAAGUCAAUGGUGGGAGAGGUGUUCUGUUGCACACAUUGGGAGAGAGGCAAGACUGAAAGAUCCUCGUGUAAAACUAAACCUGAUGAUAUACUUCAGGAAACUCCAAACGUUCCUGAGAGACAAACAAUACAGCCUUUGUGCAUGGGAGGCUGUGCGAAAGACUAUUUCGGUGAACAACUUGAUUCUUCUUGAUCAACUGCUCAAAUCUCUCUCUGACUAA